AUGGCGCUGCCUCUCAAGAACAUGCCAGUACGCCGCCCACGAGAGGAGGAAGAAGAAGUCAGUCCACUGGAGAAACAUGAAAGGCGGCACAUGCAGCGAGGGUUUGAUGAGCCAAGCAGAUAUGGGGCCGCGUCUGGUUGGCCACCUAACAUAGAAGCUUACGUUCUGCCAAGGCUAGAGAUGCGCUUUGAAACUUUCAAAGAAGCAAAGGACUUCUACAACGUCUAUGCAAAACACGCGGGCAAAGCAAAGAAUUCAAGGAUGGAUGAUGUGAAUGAUGUCCUAAAGACUGUCAACUUCUUCAGGGAGAUGAAAGCUAUAAACAGGGAAUUCUUCUGUGACAUGCAACUUGAUGAGUCCGAUAGAGUUAAGAACAUAUUCUGGGCGAACGCAAGCUGCCGAGGGGCGUAUCAGGACUUUGGUGACUGUGUAAGGUUUGACACCACAUAUAAGACCAACAAGUACCAUAUGCCACUUGGGGUGUUUGUGGGUACUAACAACCACUUACAGACUACAUUCUUUGGUUACGCCCUGAUAAGAGAUGAGGAUGCAGAUUCAUUCAGAUGGUUGUUCAAGACAUUUUUAAGGUGCAUGAGAGGGAAGGCUCCUACAUGCAUCCUCACAGACCAGUGCCCGGCAAUGGCUUUGGCGAUCCCAGAUGCUUUCAAGAACACAGUACACAAGCUGUGCCGCCGGCACAUUAUGAAGAAGUACAGGGAACACCUCGCAUACCUGUACAACCUGCACAAAGACUUUAAGGAUGAAUUCACAUCAAUCCUCAACUGGCCCCUCAUGCCAACUGAGUUUGAGGCUGCUUGGAAAGGACUCACGGAUAGCCAGGUAAACUCCUGCGUCAAAACCAGGAGGCAGACAAAGAACCAGGAGAUAUUGGCUAACAGGAAGGAACAAAACACGCUGACCUUCUAUGGGUUUGACACCCAGAUGGCAAAGCUUUACUCACGAGCUGUGCACAGCAAGAUCAGGAAAAGGCUAAAACUGAGCACACUCUUCAUGGCGACAGAGACAGAAGAGCCCACAAAGUACCUCGUGCGCUACAACAACCCGCAAAAACUGUGUGCGUGGUCUCAGCACGCGUUCCAGGUGGUUGCAGACCCCGUGGGAGAAAUAUAUGAAUGCGAGUGCAAGCUAUGGGACCACACAGGUAUUUCUGCGUGCAUGUCCUAUGCAUGA